AACUCCCAGUUUACCUUCAUCAAAUCACAAACGCCUACAUGAUGGCAACAAGCCCAAAUCCAACUGUGUUUAACGUGGCGGAGUAUGUUGGAAAGCAGCCAUCUACACCAAACAAUCCAGCAGUCUGGGUACUCGGUCCAGAUGUCCAGCUUGGAAGUGAUGGAGUAUUGUUACCAAAGCAGGAUCACUACAUCUGGGAUGUUAAGUCAGAACCCAAGUUCGUGGUAAGUUUUAAAGAUGUCGAACUGCAGGACAGAACAGGCGUUGUUCUUCGCCAGCUGUUGCUGGCGAUGAAAUCCUACCUGCAGUCUGAUGUCAACUGGCCAGCUGGUGCAGUCAUAGUUGGAGCAGUGGCUAUGAGCCUGCAUUAUGACGUCAUCAUGACAUCCAAAGGGAAGUGUCCGGUGGUUAUGGCAACAGGUCCACCAGCCGUUGGGAAGACAACAGCACUGAAGGCGGCGUUGGCAACUGUUGGAAGGACAGAACUGGAAGAUUUCAGAAGCCUCUGCGCUUACAGAAGCAGCCACCUCCAGCCUGCCAUUUGGAUGGGAUGA